UAAGGCUGGAAUUCGGGAUUGUCAGUUCGCUUCCAGCUCUAUACCUCAGCUCCGCGCGCCUCUCGCUCUAUGGCCGCCCCGCCGAAGGUGCGGGCCCUGCUCCUGGCCGUCAACGCACUGCUGCGCAAGCGUCGCUACCACGCUGCAUUGGCCAUGGUUAAGGGCUUUCGGAACGGGGCCGUCUAUGGAGCCAAAAUCCGGGCCCCUCAUGCACUGGUCAUGACCUUCCUCUUCCGGAGUGGCAGCCUCCGGGAGAAGCUGCGGGCCAUCCUGCAGGCCACGUACAUCCACUCCCGGAACCUGGCCUGCUUUGUGUUCAUCUACAAGGGUCUCUGUGCCCUGCAGUCCCAUGUGCAGGGCAAGACCUACCAAUUUCACUCAUUCCUGGCUGCCUUCUUCGGGGGCAUGCUGGUGUUUGGAGAACGCAACAACAUCAAUAGCCAGAUCAGCAUGUACCUGUUGUCCCGUGUCCUGUUUGCCCUGUGCCGCCUGGGUAUGGAGAAGGGCUACAUCCCUGAGCCCAAGCAGGACUUGUCCCCGGUGUUCAAUGCACUGGUGUGGGGGCUGGUGCUGUGGCUCUUUGAGUAUCACCGGGCCACACUGCAGCCCUCACUGCAGUCCUCCAUGACCUACCUCUACAAUGACAGCAAUGUCUGGCACGACAUUUCAGACUUCCUCAUCUAUAACAAGAGCCGCCCCUCCAAGUAACACAGCCCCAAGGUGCUUGUGGGGGGCUUCUCCACCCAAGUAGGCUCCAGUCAGCAUCGGCUGCAGCACAGGGUUUGGCUCCAUCAGCAAACCCUCCCGGAGGAUACCACCUUCGCAAGAUCACAGGCCUCAGACUCCAGCGUGUGUUAUCCCAGGGUUCCACUGGCCGAAGUAAAAGCACUGAUUUUCAAAUCCCAGUAGGUAUCCUUGAAUGAUGGAACAAGUGGCCGAAUCUGGCAGAGGAGUCUUGGGCUUGGUUCCAGCUGUGCUGCUGCCUUCCAUGAGAAGGGGCAAGUCACAGCCCUCUCUGGGCCUCAGGGGUCAUUUUUUUUCUU